UUGUUUCUAGGCUUUUCAUCAAAGAGUAUACUCUUUGCUUUUCAUAAACUAGAUAGAAUAAUAAUAAAUACUUGUUAAAUUGCUUCUUGUUAAAUUGUUACUUGUUACUAUUUUUUUCAAAAUGUUCAACAACAAAGGAUUUGUUGUGGUUGCUGAUGAAGGUGAUAUCGUGGUUAUCGAGCCGAUCGGAGACUCAACUGCUGAAUCGCAAGAAAAUAAAAUCUCCAUUGAUCAAGAUGUUGCCGAUCCUGUUCCUGAAUCUGAAAAUAAAAUCUCCAUUGAUCAAGAUGUUGCCGAUCCUGCUCCUGAAUCUGAAAAUAAAAUCUCCAUUGAUCAAGAUGUUUCCGAUCCUGUUCCUGAAUCUCAAAAUAAAAUCUCCAUUGAUCAAGAUGUUUCCGAUCCUGUUCCUGAAUCAGAGGAAAAUCAGGAUGAGGAUAAAGAAAAUCACGAUGACAAGGAAAUCUAUUGUAAAUCGAUGAUUCGUGUUGGUUUAUCCAGGAAACAAAAAAUUACUAAACGACUUCAUCAGUAUUUGUUUAAGGCCAAAACUCGAGAAAGCCAAAGAAGUUUAUGAUUGUUCAUAAUAUGUGAUAUAAUCAAUUUAAUCAUUCUAUGUAACAUAAUAACAUAUUCAUCGAAGUAAGGCCGACAAAAUUUAAAAUCAUUAAAGGCAAUAAAUAAAGAUAUUUUUUUCAAUAAA